AUGCCCAAAAGAGGAAUCCUCCUAGAUAAGCAUGGAUCCCAGCGGAUAUAUAAUGCCGCCGUGCAGGACAGGAUGGUGGGCUGCAGUGCGGUACCGGUGUUGCCGUGGGAGGAGGAAUGUGCGCUGUGA